CAUGAAAGAGGCAUUUAAUGACUUACUGCACUCCAUUCAUCCAUCCAUUGUCUGUACUGCUUAUCCUCACGAAGGUGGCAGGUGUGCUGGGGCCUUCCCCAGCUGACUUUGGGCGAGAGGCGGGGUACACCUCUGAACAGGUUGACAACCAAUCACAGGUCUUAUACAGAAUAAUCAAACAACCAUUCAUACUCACAUUCACCCCGACGGACAAUUUAGAGUCUUCAGUUAACCUACCAUGCUGGAAUGUGGGAGGAAACCGUAGUACCGGGAGAAAAGCCACACAGGCACGGGGAAAACAUGCAUACUCCACACAGGAAGGCUGGAGCCCGGUUUUGAACCCACGGUUUCAGAACUGUGAGGUGGAUGUGCUAAACACUUGUCCACUCUGCGUGCCCCCUUGACUGCACUCCAAUGGAGCAAAUAAAAAUAGCAAUUUUGACCAGGGAGGAGAAUUACAUGUGAAUUUAUGAAGUGGAAGCUUCCUCUACUGGCCACAGAAAGACUAUUCACAUUUUUUAAAUUUGAUUUUUAUUUUUGUAAUUUUUUUAGGUUUUACAAUGCAUUGCGAAACUGGAAUUUUAGGGGUUUUACAAUAACUGAUUUUAGUUAAACACUUAAAGCUUUAAGAAAAGUUACGGCCACAACCAAACAAAGAAUGGAGUUCAGUAGUACUGAAUAAGGCUUGAGGGUUAAACAUCUUAUCAAAAUAUUUAUAAUGACUUUAAUCCUAAAUAAAUUGCAGAGUAAUACAACAUUAAUAAUGAUAAUAUUGUUAUUAGUUUAUUAAUUCAUGAAUACUUUAAACUCUGCAACCACUAACCAUAGCGUUUACAGCACCGCAGUCAUUUGUGUAAUCAGGCAACUCUGUUGUCUAUGUGAUGCAGUACCUGACGCUGCCUUUGUGUGUCGCCGUCUGCCGGCCAAGUAAAGACUGGCCGCUUCUGUCGCUCGUCGGCUCCUCAGCCCCGCUUGUAUGCUAACUAGCGUCUUGUUCACCUAACUUUCUUAUUCUAUUUACGGGGACAAUGACAGCAUCGCGACGGACUACAUAUUGACGUGACGGCCUAAAGGGACAACUCAAAGAUGGAGAAGCAGGGCAAAGUAACACCUGCUGAGCCGGGGAGGAGAACAGAGUCAGCCAGGCAACAACACGACAGCUCGAAUCGUCAUGUGAUCCUACCAAACCCCCACCUGGACCAGCACAAGCCAAGAGGCAACGAGUCAGGAGUGGGCCCGAAGUGGAGCCUUGCCUCAAACAUUAAUGGACGUGACUUGCCCUGGAGAGCGAAGGCAUCCACAAAGAACAAUGAACCUCGUGUGCAAAGCGGCAUUGCGGGUAAAAACUCAGCGGAUGCACAGAGAAGAGGUGUCCGGGACUCCAGAUCGGCAAGGACGCCAAAACCCACUCAGGCCGUUUUGGCCCCAUUUGAUGUGAAAAUGUCCGACUUCCCGCAGCUGGACGCCGGCCCCACACAAGGUCACAAAGAGAACGGGAGGCCAAAUGUGACAGUGGAGAGAUGCCAACUUCCCUCAAAGUCAAUAUCUCCCUGGGUGGAUGUACGCCAGCAGAAAACCAUGAGAGGAUCCACAACUGUACCUGAUCCCCGACAAACCGAUGGCCCAACCCUUGCUAGCACCACAGCCGAAAAAGUGGGGACGUCGUGGGCUAAUGUUGCCUCUCAGCCGCCGAAGAAAAACUUCCAGAAGGAAAAGACUGUUGUGCCGACGGAGGAAACAGCUACGCAGCAGCCACAAGAGGAAACGGCGGUGGGGAGGAAAAAACAGAAGAAAAAGAAGAAGAGGGUAAAAGAGGCAGAUGACUGCACGGAAGAUGAGACAGAAGAUUCAGCAGUCCAACAGGAGCCACCAAAGUUUGAGGAUGAAGAAGAGUUCCCUGGUUUGGCUCCAUCUCAGACUUGGUGUGAUCGAUUGACAAGCAGCAGAAACACGAUAAAUAAAUAUGUAGAAAACCAACAAGAUGAAAUGACUGCAAUCAGGCGGAAGAAUGCUACCAAAACCCCACCUGCAGAGUCAGCAAAGAAAGGGCAGAAAGCUGAGAAGACCUCUGGGAAGAAGAGCAAAGCUCCUGUGCAGCUGGACAUCGGGAACAUGCUGUCCGUUCUGGAAAAUAAGCAACAAUCUCAGAAAGUCAAGCAGACUGUCAUCUCAGUGGGUGGAGGACUUCCUGUCGUUCACAAGCAACCGACAGUUCAGAAAAAGACGCCCUGGCAGCAGGAGAAAAUCGCCCACAACCCGCUGGACUCUACCAGCCCCCUGGUGAAGAAAGGCAAGCAGAGGGAGGUUCCCAAAGCGAAGAAACCCACUGCUCUCAAAAAGGUCAUCCUUAAAGAAAGGGAGGAGCGAAAGCAGCGCCGUUUACUGGAGGAGAGGGGUUUGCUGCCCGAAAAUGAGUCCACGGUCGCCACGGAUACGGCAGAAGAUGAGAGGUGUAAUGCCAAUUUGACAGAUGAAGACGUUGGUGCUGUUUCUGGAAGUGACGAGCAACAGGAAAAUGAAAUGGCGAGAGGGGGUGAUGGAGAGUCUGACAGAGUUAGAGCUGACGAGCAGCACAGUAACCAGCAGGAUGUUUCCAUCAAUGCACCGGAUCAACUCAAAAUCCACAGCAGGAAGUUCAGAGAGUACUGCAGCCAAAUGCUGAGCAAAGACGUGGACCAGUGUGUGACGUCGCUGCUGAAGGAGCUGGUUCGAUUCCAGGACCGCCUCCACCAGAAGGACCCCAUGAAGGCGCGCAUGAAGCGGCGCAUGGUCAUGGGCCUGCGAGAGGUCCUCAAGCACCUCAAACUCCACAAGGUCAAGUGCGUCAUUAUCUCGCCCAACUGCGAGCGCGUCCAGGCCAAAGGGGGUCUGGACGAGGCCCUUCACACCAUCAUCGACACGUGCCGCGAGCAGGAGGUGCCGUUCGUCUUCGCCCUCUCCCGCAAGGCUCUGGGGCGCUGCGUCAACAAGAUCGUGCCCGUCAGCCUGGUGGGCAUUUUCAACUACGAUGGCGCGCAGGACUACUACCACCAGAUGAUUGAGUUGUCCUCUGAGGCCAGGGAGGCAUACGAGGAGAUGCUGGCGAGCGUGGAGCGAGCUGUCCGGGCAGAGCGCGGCGACGCUAACUUUUCUGAGCAGCAGCACAGUGCUGCCAAGCUGAUUGAGACCGAGCAGUCAGAGCCUGAGCCUGAGUCUGAGGAACCGGCAUACAACCAGUUGUGGAGGAAGCUGCUGGAGAAAGAGUCCAACUACAAGUCGUUAAACUUUGAUGCAUGGCGAAGUGAAUGUAACGAUGAAAAUGAGAAGAGCUGACAGUGGAGACUGCGGUGAGGUUCUCAACACAAUAUGACAGGAUUUAUUACACCAGGCGCAGUGGUCCAUAGUGUUCUUGCUCUGUGCGGGGACAGCGUGUUCCUUGUCCACUUUUUGUCUAAAUUAACGGGAUUGCCGUCCAAUUGAGAACACAGUUGGUUUUCCAUUGUGCUUUAUAUUAAAGGUAACAUUGUAUAAUGUAAAAAUUAGUUUUGAUUGCUUUUAUACAUAUACAGUGGUACCUUGAUUUGCAAAUGCCCCAACUUACAAUUUUUUGAGUUACGAGGAGUCGACUAGAGAUAAUUUUUGGGGCUUUUUGCUUUGUAGCGUGGCAAAAUUUGAGUUACGAGGGAGCUUCAGAUACUCUGCCACUCAAGUGAGAAGAAAAAAAAAGAAGCAAUUGAGGUACUGUCAUACCUUGCAUGUUGGCAAGGAGAGCCAAUCAGCCGUUUAUUGAACGGGACGUACAGUCAAAAGGAUAAAUAUGAAACGAGAACACACACAAGGAGCUCCUGUAGGCCACAACUCAAGCCCAGACGCUCACAUGCAGACAAACCGGACAACCCAUCUUCAAUUCCUGGCAUCACUCAAUAACCUAUACUAGCCAUUACACUUUUAUGAUGGCAGUUUUUUUUAACAUUCUCAAAUUGUUUAAUUGUGUUUUUAUACAAUACAGUGCUGUUUUAACUUAUUAAACAUAAGUUAAAAUUGUUAAAUCUAUCCAUCCAUUUUCCGUACCGCUUAUCCUCACUCGGGUCGCGGGUGUGCUGGAGCCUAUCUCGGCUGACUCUGUUCAAGUGGCGGGGUACACCCUGGACUGGUCACCAGCCAAUCGGAGUAAAUGCUAAAUGUUUAAUAAGUCGAUGUUUUUGCGGUGGGCUGGAACCAAUCAUUUCAGUGGGGGAAAUUUCGUUAAUAGUUGAAUAAAUUUGAGUUUUGAGCUUGGUCGUGGAACAAAUUAAAUUUGUAAAUCAAGGUGGUCUCCAGAGUGACCUCCGCCCCCAUCAAGUGUGAAAUUACACAAUCACGUCUAUCUUUUGUGAUCUUUGAUAUGGUUAAAUUAGCCAUUGGUGACUUGUUGGAUACACCGAUUAAGCGUUGGUUUACAAUCUUGAGUCUGGUAAGCUACACAUACUUGAUUGGUCAUACCAGAUUGAUUGCUUUAAUUCUGGUUCCUUGGGGUAUUUUGACAAAAUCAUGUCACAGAUUAGUCCAAAAAAAAAAACAAAUGACAAACCGUCUCCUUUUAGAGUAAAAUUGGUACAUGUUCAAGUAAAAAAAUAUCUUACGAUCAUGAGCACUAUUUAUUUUAUUUUUUUUAAACAGCCGACACGAAAUCCCACAAGAUACCUGCAGUAACUGUGGCUCACGGCUCAAAUCAGUAACAGUUCCUUGUUAUUUUUUAACCAGUCACAAUUCCCCUCUGGGCAAGAACACUAUUAAUUUUAUUGGUUAUUUGUUCUGAGACGCCAGAGGCUACAAUGUCUUGUCAUAUUUACUACCACUUGGAGUUAUCUACUGAUCUUUAAACUAGCUGGAAAUUUCAUCCAAGUGGGAACACGGUUCAUUUUUAUCUAGCCUCUGACCCAAAAAACUAAGUUGUUUUUUGUUUUUUUUUGCUGCAAGUUUUCAACCACUUUUCAUUGUGUUGAGGAAUAGGAGACUGUGUCUCUUUCAAUUAUUUUGAGUUGAAGAGUGUUUACUUUACUUUUAACUUUGUAGGACCACGCCAGGGUCUUAAAGUAAUCCCACAAUAAGAACUGAAUGACAAAGUGUUUUGCCUUUAGUUGACUGCAAAAAGAGACACUUAGUUUAGAUUUUUAUUUAUUAGUUUAAAAAAAAAAAAAAGAAGAAAAUAAAGCUAUGAAAGUACAGUGGACCUCGACUAUUUGUGGGGGGUAGGGACCGUCCUGGACUGUAAUUAGCGAAAAUUCGCUGAUAAUUGACACUUAUUAUAAUUGCACUGAGAAUUUUAUUUUACUUUUUUACCCCCAAAGAUAUUUCAAUAAGGGGAGGUAAACCACCAAUAAGUGUGUUUGGGGUUGUUCCCCCCCACCUCCCCAAAAAAAUGAAAACAAAAUUGGAAAACUCGGGGGGGGGGGGGGGGGUAUUUGAAAAGAAACCUGCAUAUAGGUAAAUCCGAGGGUGCCGAACUGCCAUAUGCGGAGCUCCACUGUAUUAUGUAUGCGGGUGUAUGUAUUGACAGGCAAUAAGUGAUUGAGGAGAUGACACGCUAUUUUCAAUGAUUCCUAAUAAUAAAUUGAAUUUUGGGAUAUGGUGAUUUUCUUUUUCUCUGUGUUUCUUAUUCUUCUUCACACGAAUGAAUUGCAAACAUGCCCAAAAACACACCAAUUUUUAGAAAUCCUAAAAACGACCUCCUCAAAACUCAGUAAUUCCCCUUAAAGACUCGGAUAAGAUGCAUGAAAACGUCUCAAUGAACAAGAAGUUGUCCAUCAUGGUUUGAAGAAGCCAUUUUGGUCAAUUCCAGGCUUUGGACUCAAGAUGGCUGAAAACAAACCAGGUUUAUUCCAAGUCAAUGUUUCCUGGUGAAAAUUAAUUAAUUUUGGGGGACCCGGACAUGACCUCCCCCCAAAACUCAGUAGCACUCUCUGUAAAGUUGGGGGGGAGGAAUAAUCCCAGAAUGCAAGUUUCAUCGAUUGCCACGAAGUUUGACGUCUGUCAUAACAGGACACACGAAAGUCUCAACGACCAUUUGGUGGAAUUGACCAGGAAGUCUGUCAUUUUGUUUUAAAGCAACCAUUUUGGGUGAAUUCCAUGGUUUGUACUUCUUCGAACUAGUACUUGUUGAACAGACAGAUGGAAGAUAAAAAAAUUGCAGAUGGAAAUUGCAAAAUGGCUAAGCUUUUUUGCCUUUGCCGUCUGUGAGUGGAUGAUGGUGUCAAAGUUUGAUUUUGAGGAUU